AAGAACGAAGAGAACUGAGAAAAAGAGGAAAGAGAGAAUAGAAAUGGAAGACGUGCUGACGGAGCAACCACCUCCUUCGAGAUUCUUUCUAGAAGACCUCAACAACUUCGCUCCUCCUUCCCCUCCUCUCCCUUCCCCUCUCCUUAUCUUCUCCAAAAACCCUAACCCUAAUCCCGAUCUGCGCCCCUCUCUCCUUAUAAUCGCCAUCUCUCCCCCAUCGCUCUCCCUCUUCCACCAUCUCCCCAAAACCCUAAUCGGAACCCUAAUCCUCCCGGAAAUCCCCCUCUCUGGCAACUGCAUCCGCCCUUCCCUCCGCGACCGCUCCUCCCACGUCUUCUCCCUCCAUCGAUCUCCCUCCACGCUUCUUGUAUCCGUACAGUACUCCGUCCCCGCUGACAGGUCUUACGUCGUCGCCAGAUCUCUCCUCACAGAGAUCCGCCCGGAAACCGUUGUCGUCUUCGAUUCGAUCCAGAGUCGGAACUUCCGCGGCAAGCUCCCCAUUGAUGAGACCUUCGCGUUCAAGCUCGAGACGUCCAAGCAGAGGGCAGCAGAUCCGACGGUUAGGGGCUUGGAGUAUUUUCCUUCAGGGAGCGUGAUCGAUGGCCUGGCUGCGGCGGUUCUCGCCCGUUGCCAGAUUGAAAAGAUCAAGGGGACUCUGUGUGUUUCGUGGCCCGAAUCGGGGAAUUCGGCUGUGGUGCUGCUGAGAUGUUUGAUGAAAGACGUGUUACCUGAUUUAGAAUUCGUCUGCGAUUCGGGUUCUGAUCAGAUCAGAGAUGGCCGCAUUGAUUCGGAAUUGUAUACGUGAGAUCUGAAAAUUUUCACCAAUUUGCCCAAGAUCAAGAAUGUUCAUAUUGUGACCCCAUCAUGGACAGGCGACGGUGAACCAGAGCUAAGGUGAUUGAUGAUCAUAUGCCAUCAAAUUAGAGGAUUUUUGCAUGUUCCAUGUGAA